CUUGCUCGGUCUCUCCCUCUCUCCCUCUCUCUCUUUGCAGACAGGGGCGGUCGUUCUCAGUCUGCGCACAUAUUCCACUUGGCCAGCACCACUCGGACUCCUCAGACACAGCGCUGAUUGAACGAACGGAGCGGAGCUCAUUGUCUUGCGCUGUGGCAGCUUCGGCGCACAGACUCAGUGAAAGCAGUUCAGCCGCUCCUUUAUCACCAAAUCAUCCACAAAGAAGACACCACUCUAGGACAUUUUUCUGCACAUUUAAACUUGCUUGAGUUUUUUUUUUCCAUCAGAUGGAAAUUUGUUCGCUCUUUGCUCUGAUUUUUUUUUUUUUUUUUUGGGUGGGGGGGGGCGACAGUCUUCUGGAAGCGAGCUGCUUGCAGGAAUCCGCUGCCCGUUACGCCGUGCGUAAAGUUUAAUACAUCAAGGAGAUAGAAAGCACACCUGUGCUCUUUGGGAAUUGCAAAGCUGUGACUGGAGGAUUUGUAACUUUUGGACAUAUUUGGAAGUGGGUUUUGCGCACAAGGAGAGCGGAGGGAUCCCUCUUAUAAGGCUGGAGGGCUGCGCGCAGCGCUGGGCAGCAGCUUGACCCACAGAACAGCACGGCGGAUAAAGGUUAUGAAGGAGCUGAGCUGAACAUGGAGCUUUUUUGGAUUUUGUUAUUUUCUAGUGCCUGUCAGAUGUCAUGGGGCCAAGGAGUUUAUGCUCCAGCCAAUGCCCAGAUUGUGCACUCUGGCGCAGCAUGUAACGUCAAGGAUGAUAACAUCAGUGAGAGAAUCUACACCAUCAAAGAAGGAGACACACUGGUGCUUCAGUGCAUUGUUAAAGGACACCCACGACCACAGGUACGAUGGACGAAGACUGCAGGCAGCGCAUCAGACAAAUUCCAGGAAACAUCCAUUUACAACGAGACUCUACGUAUCGAGGGCAUCCAGAGGGUGCAGGGUGGUCGCUACUACUGCAAGGCCGACAACGGGGUGGGGGUGGCUGCCAUCAAGUCCAUCCGCGUAGAUGUGCAAUAUCUUGACACACCAGUGCUGACAGUGCACCAGACAAUCAGCGAUGUGCGCGGCAGUUACUACCAAGAAAAGACUGUUUUCCUGCGCUGCACCGUGAAUUCAAACCCUCCUGCUCGCUUCAUCUGGAAACGUGGGAGCAUGCUCAUUGAGCAAAGCAAAGACAACGGGGUGGACAUCUAUGAGCCCCUUUACACUCAGGGCGAGACGAAGGUGCUGAAGCUGAAAAAUCUGCGACCCAAGGACUUUGCUGAUUAUACUUGUCAGGUGUCAGUCCGCAAUGUGUGUAACAUUGAAGAUAAGUCGAUCACCUUCAGCCUCACAAAUGCUACCACUCCUCCAGCACUCAGGCUGUCCGUCAAUGAAACAGUGGUGGUCGAUCCAGGCCAGGAUGUGACUAUGACUUGUGAGGUGACCUCAGGAUUCCCGCUUCCCACUGUGACAUGGUCACGUUACCCUGCUCCCCUGCCGCUCAGCGCUCAGGUGCGUGGUGACACUCUGAUACUGCGAGCUGUCACGCCGGCAGAUGUGGGUUCCUACAACUGCACAGCCUUCAAUAACGUGGGCAAUCCUGCCCGCAGGAAUGUCAAUCUCAUUGUCAGGUCAAUGAGCAACUUGACCUUCCAGAUUACACCAGACUCCAACAAGGACAGCGAGACCAUUGAAAUGGGUCGAGAUCUCAAGCUAUCCUGUCAUGUGGAUGCCACCCCGCAGGACAAAGUCAACUACACCUGGUACAAGAACGGUGCACCUGUCUUCAACUCAGAAAGCCUUAUCUUGCUCCGCAGUGACCCAGAUAUGGCACCUGGCACCAGCAGCUUGGAGAUUGUAGACAUGAAGUUCAGAGACCUGGCCACCUACAGCUGUGUAGCAAAUUUCCCAGGCAGCAGGGUACCAGAGCUCCGGGUGGAUGUCAACAUCUCUCAGAACAGUGUUUCUCCUCCAGUUCUGGCAGUUCCACCUGGAGGCCAAAUAGUCAGUGCGCGAGAGGGAAGCAGUACUGAGCUGGUGUGCUUAGUGGUAGAUGGCAAACCACGCCCACCUGUUUUAUGGUCACGGACAGAAAAAGAUCUGCUAAUGCCGAAUGGGAAACCAAUCGUGGAGACACCCGACGGCCGCUUGAGGCUGAACUUUGUCAGCCGGGACAUGAUGGGUGCAUACCGAUGUCAGACUGCUCCAUACAACGGGCUUAACAUCAAACGGCGUGAGGCACAGGUCCAGUUAAACGUCCAAUUUGCUCCAAUACUGGAUUCAGUUUUCCAGGAUGUUCGUUCACGGAACUAUCAGAUGGUGACCCUAAGGUGUGCAGUCCUACGGUCCAAUCCAGUGCAUUUGACAAAUAUCCGCUGGUUCCGUAAUGGUGACCCAAUUCGCAUGCCUCCACCGGACCUGAAGGAGACCCCAGAGCUGAAGUUUAAGCUGGAGCCAAUCAACAAUGGCUCUUACGAAUGCCGAGUCAGCAACAGUGCAGGAACAUCAACAUGCACAUUUAAUGUUUCUGCACGACCCUACAAUGCAGAGUUCUACUUUGAUACACCCAACCCAGUCCGGAUUCUGAAAGGAAACAACUACUCCUACAACCUACAGUGGACUCAGAAAGAUCCUGAGGCGACAGACCGCAUCAUAGGAUACUGGAUUAAUGUCAGAAAGAACAAGCAGAAUGUACUUUCCAAGCAAAUUGACCUCAAUGGCGUGGAGCCACAGAAGGGUGUGCUAAUGUCUCACACCAUACCAGACCUGAGAAUCCCUAUGUCCUAUGAAGUCCGGCUGGCCCCCAUCACAACCUACAGCACGGGAGACUAUGUCAGCCGCAUCAUCCACUAUUCAGAACCUUACACUUACCCAAGACCUUCAGACCAUGUGUGUGGUUUUGAGGAUGAGCGGAUCUGUGGCUUCUCUCAAGACCGGAGCGAUAUCUUUGACUGGACAAGACAGAACCACCUGACCCAGAAUCCCAAAAGAUCUGCCAAUACUGGCCCUGAGACUGACCGAAGUGGAACUAAAGAGGGGUACUACAUGUACAUAGAAGCAUCACGGCCACGUGUUCCAGGGGACAAGGCUCGACUGUUGUCCCCGCUCUUCAACGUUACCUCAGUCAGGGGUCCCAAGGGAUCAGGCAGAGUGCCGUACUGUGUAUCAUUCUACUACCACAUGAAGGGCAAACAUAUUGGCACGCUCAGUGUGCUUGUCAAAGUGAGAAGCAUUGCCUCUGUGGAGACAGUGGUGUGGACAAAGUCUGGUCACCAGGGUCCGGACUGGAAGAAAGCCUUCUUCGACAUCAGCCCAAGUGGACCCUUCCAGAUUGUGUUUGAAGGAAUCCGAGGCUCAAGCUUUGAGGGCGAUAUUGCCAUUGAUGAUGUGUCCAUCACCAAUGGGAAGUGCAAGCAGGAAAGUUCUGUAGCCAGCACAGUUCUGAUUGGCGGGACAUCGUCAGUGCACUCAUUCCCAUUGGCCAGCUGGCUGACCUUUGACCUCUGCUGCUCCCUGUUGCUGCUCUACAGAUGAUGAGCACUUGACACAUCAACUGUCGGCACCGACAGUCACUGAUCUGACCCGCAGUCUUUUACUUCACUGUAUCCCCCUAUACUUUCCUUUCCUUGUACCCUUUUUCCUCAUUCUCUU